GGAAGCGUGCAUUUGACCUCUCUUCUCAAAGGCCACCUCCACAAGGACAGGCGGAGGCUCUCUCAGGGCCCUUUGAAGCCCGGCGCUCCCGGCUUGGGAUGGACCGAGAGAGACAGAGAGGAAGGAAGGACUAAAGAAGUGACGAGUUUUUACAAAAUCAGGUGUACAAGUGCGGGCCGCACGCUCACGAUGCCACGCUCCUUCCUGGUAAAGAGCAAGAAAGCUCACACCUACCACCAGCCCCGCAUCCAGGAAGAUGAACCGGUCUGGCCUGCUGCCUUUAGUCCUGGGACCAGGGGCCAGGUUCUGAGCAACGACCCUGUCCUCAGCACCCUGUUCCAAAACCAGUGCCUGGCCUGGACUGACCUCAAACGGGAGCCAGAGCUGGAGCUGGACCAGACCCUGACCAGGACGGCCUUGGUGCCAGAGGGCCCUGCUAUAAUGCCCCGAUCCCAGGACGGGGACUCCGACUCACCCCCGUUCUACAAGCCCAGCUUCUCCUGGGGUGCCCUGGCCUCAUCCUAUGGCCACAGCUACCGGCAGGCCCCCUCCACCAUGCAGUCUGCCUUCCUCGAGCGCUCCGUCAGCCUGUACGGCAGCCCUCUGGUGCCCAGCGCUGAGCCGCCCUUGGACUUCAGCCUCCACUGCUCCCCGGGCAUGGACGCGUACCACUGCAUCAAGUGCAACAAGGUGUUCUCCACGCCACACGGGCUCGAAGUGCACGUCCGCCGCUCCCACAGCGGGACCCGGCCCUUCGCCUGCGACGUCUGUGGCAAAACCUUCGGCCACGCCGUGAGCCUGGAGCAGCACACACACGUCCACUCGCAGGGGAUCCCGGCCGGGCCCGGUCCUGCGGCCAGCGUGGCAGUCCCGGGUCUCGAGGCCCCGCCUGCGCCUGACCCCCCGGGGCCUCGUUUCCUCCGGCAGGAGCGCAGCUUCGAGUGCCGGAUGUGCGGCAAAGCCUUCAAGCGUUCGUCCACUCUGUCCACGCACCUGCUCAUCCACUCGGACACGCGGCCUUACCCAUGCCAGUUCUGCGGCAAGCGCUUCCACCAGAAGUCGGACAUGAAGAAACACACCUACAUCCACACCGGUGAAAAGCCACACAAAUGCCAGGUGUGCGGAAAGGCUUUCAGCCAGAGCUCCAACCUCAUCACCCACAGCCGCAAGCACACCGGCUUCAAGCCCUUCAGCUGUGAGCUGUGCUCCAAAGGCUUCCAGCGCAAGGUAGACCUGCGGCGGCACCGGGAAAGCCAGCACAAUCUCAAGUGAGGCUGCCCUUGCCCCCGGCUCCCGGCCAGCCUGCCCUGGGGUCCCGCGACCUAGAGGGAAGCUGGCCCCAUGCACCCACACCCCCAGCCUCCUGGAGUUAGCACUGGAUGGGAAUCUCUCAGCUUGUUUUGAGACUCAUGAAAUUGCUGUGUGACCUCGAGCAAGUUGCUUGCCCUCUCUGGACCAACAUUUUCCUGCUGCAAAGUGUGGCGAGUGGGGUAGGGUCUUUUCUGAGCUGAAGUUACCUAGAGAUCUAAGAGCUUGGGUGCCUCCCCUGAGGCAGAGCUCAGAAGGCCAGCGUAGCCCCCUGUGGACAGGGGAUGCUGAGAAUAGACCGGAACUGGGAUCCGCAGAGAAGUCCUCCCCCUGCCCGCUGCCCUCUGUGUGGCGAUUUGGUUUUUAGUGGGCCUCUCCCUGGCUGCCACGGAUGGCCAGAGCUGUCCCCUGCCCCAGCGGGAGGCCCAACAUCCCUCUGCUUCCGGCAGAUGUGCUGGCUGCCCCCCCACACUUCUGACCGGCACUCAGCUGGCCAUGGGGGGUCCAGUUCUGCUUCGAGGCCAUGGGGCUGGAGAAACCAGCAGAUACUGCUACCAAAAGCCUGUCCCUCUCAACGGCUGUAAAUCAAAAUAAAGACAGAUUUAUUUACACUUGA